CCGCUUUUCGUGGGGGGCGUAGUUGGUGGCAGCUCCUGGGCUCCCAGCGUGAAACAGGGAGCGCUGGUAGCUGCCCGGGGCAGAGGAUCCGCGAUUAUGGAGCAUCUUUUGCUGGAGGUCGCGGCAGCGCCUCUGCGGUUAAUCGCUGCUAAGAACGAGAAGAGCCGCAGCGAGCUGGGCAGGUUCUUGACCAAGCAGGUGUGGACACCUCAAGAUCGCCAGUGUAUCCUGAGUACCUUAGCACAGUUACUUCUGGAUAAGGACUGUACUGUGCUGGUUGGUCGCCAGCUGCGCCCCAUCCUUUUGGAUUUACUGGAAAGGAAUGCUGAAGCCAUUAAAGCUGGAGGCCAAGUCAAUCACGAUCUACACGAACGGCUCUGUGUGUCAAUGAGCAAACUCAUUGGUAGCCAUCCUGAUGUCCUCCCGUUUGCCCUGAGGUAUUUCAAGGACAGUUCUCCAGUCUUCCAAAGACUCUUCCUAGAGAGUUCGGAUGCUAAUCCAGUGCGCUAUGGGCAUAGGCGGAUGAAGCUCCGGGACCUGAUGGAAGCAGCCUACAAGUUUUUGCAGCAAGAGCAGUCUGUAUUCCGGGACCUCUGGGACUGGAGUGUAUGUGUUCCACUCCUCAGAAGCCAUGACACCUUGGUCCGCUGGUACACAGCCAAUUGUCUUGCUUUGGUAACCUGUAUGAAUGAAGAGCACAAGUUGUCAUUCCUUAAAAAGAUUUUUAAUAGCGAGGAACUGAUCCAUUUCAGGUUGAGGCUACUAGAAGAGGCCCAGCUGCAGGACUUGGAGAAGGCCUUGGUUUUGGCCAAUCCUGAAACUUCCCUUUGGCGUAAGGAGAAGGAGCUGCAGUACUUACAGGGACACCUUGUUUCCGCUGAUCUAUCCUCCAGGGUGACUGUCGUCUGUGGUGUGGUGCUGCCUCGGCAGCCGCCAGCCCCUGGAGAGCAGGCUGGCAAUAGGAGUUCUGCUCGUGAACAGGAGCUGGCCUUUAGGUCUUAUGUGCUGGUGGAGUCAGUCUGCAGAAAUCUUCAGACCCUGGCUAUGGCAGUGGCUUCUCAGAAUGCUGUGUUGUUGGAAGGACCAAUAGGAUGUGGCAAAACGUCCUUGGUUGAACAUUUAGCUGCAAUGACAGGAAGAAGGAAGCCCCCUCAGCUUCUCAAAGUCCAGCUUGGAGAUCAGACUGACAGUAAGAUGCUGUUGGGAAUGUAUCGCUGCACAGAUGUCCCGGGAGAGUUUGUGUGGCAGCCUGGCACCCUGACACAGGCAGCCACAAAGGGACACUGGAUCCUUCUGGAGGAUAUUGAUUAUGCCCCCUUAGAUGUCGUUUCCGUGUUGAUCCCUCUCUUGGAGAAUGGAGAGCUCUUGAUUCCUGGCCGAGGUGACUGUCUGAAAGUGGCUCCUGGAUUUCAGUUCUUCGCAACCAGGAGACUCUUGAGCUGUGGAGGAAAUUGGUAUCGACCACUAAAUAGUCAUGCUACUCUGCUAGAUAAAUAUUGGACCAAAAUUCACCUGGAUAACAUGGAUAAGACAGAACUGAAUGAGGUUCUUCAGAGCAGAUACCCCAGCCUAUUGGCAGCAACUGAUCACCUGCUAGACAUUUACAUCCAGCUUACUGGGGAUAAACAUCACUCCCAGAGUGAUAGUUCUGUUGAAUGUGAACAGGCACCUCAGGAAGUUUCAGAAGCCAGAAGAGAAAAUAAAAGACUGAGCCUUGAGGGAAGAGAAUUGUCUCUAAGGGACCUCCUGAAUUGGUGUAAUAGGAUUGCCCAUAGCUUUGACAGUCUGUCUGCAUCAGCAUCAUUCAGUAUUUUUCAAGAGGCUCUGGACUGUUUCUCAGCAAUGCUCUCCAAGCAUACAAGCAAACUGAAAAUUGCAGAAGUCAUCGGAAGCAGAUUGAACAUUUCUAAGAAAAAGGCUGAAUUCUUCUGUCAACUUUAUAAACCAGAAAUUGUCAUCAAUGAACUAGAUGUGCAAGUGGGUCGAGUGCGACUUCUGCGGAAACAAAGUGAGGCUGUCCACAUACAGAGGGAGAAGCUCACUUUUGCUGCUACGAGGCCCUCCUCUGUUCUUAUCGAGCAGCUCGCUGUGUGUGUUAGCAAAGGGGAGCCGGUAUUGCUGGUGGGAGAGACCGGCACUGGCAAAACCUCUACUGUCCAGUACUUGGCUCACAUUACAGGCCACCGUUUGAGGGUUGUCAAUAUGAAUCAACAGAGUGACACUGCAGACUUGCUUGGAGGUUACAAACCAGUGGACCAUAAGCUUAUUUGGCUACCCUUACGGGAGGCAUUUGAGGAACUCUUUGCCCAGACAUUUUCCAAGAAGCAAAACUUUACAUUUUUGGGGCACAUUCAGACCUGUUACAGGCAGAAACGGUGGCAUGAUCUUCUCAGACUAAUGCAACAUGUUCACAAGUCAGCAGUCAAGAAGGAUGGAAAAGAGAAUGAAACUGGGUUACUCCUAAAAGAGAAAUGGGAAGCAUUUGGUCUUAGACUCAACCAUGCCCAACAACAGAUGAAAAUGACUGAAAAUGCCCUGCUGUUUGCAUUUGUAGAGGGUACAUUAGCUCAGGCUGUAACGAAAGGAGAGUGGAUCUUGUUGGAUGAGAUUAAUCUGGCUGCUCCAGAAACAUUAGAAUGUCUCAGUGGUUUACUCGAAGGCUCCUCUGGCUCCCUGGUGUUGCUGGAUCGAGGGGACUCAGAACCACUGGUUCGUCAUCCUGACUUUCGUUUAUUUGCCUGUAUGAAUCCAGCAACUGAUGUAGGCAAAAGAAAUCUCCCACCAGGAAUAAGAAAUAGGUUCACAGAACUUUAUGUAGAAGAAUUGGAAAGUAAAGAAGACUUACAAAUUCUUAUUGUGGAUUAUCUGAAAGGUCUAAGUGUGAACAAGAGCACAGUGCAAGGCAUCAUAAACUUCUACAGAGAUGUGCGGAAAAUGUCUGGGGUGACAUUGGUGGAUGGGACCGGCCAUCGACCUCACUACAGCCUUCGGACUCUCUGCAGGGCCCUGCGAUUUGCAGCCUCCAAUCCGUGUAGCAACAUCCAGCGCUCGCUCUAUGAGGGCUUUUGUUUGGGUUUCUUAACACAGCUUGACAGGGCAUCACACCCUAUUGUUCAGAAGCUCAUUCUUAAACACAUCAUCUCUGGCAAUAUUAAAAGUCUGCUGAAGCAGCCCAUUCCAGAACCAAAAGGAGGUCGGCUUAUCCAGGUCGAAGGCUACUGGAUUUCAAUGGGAGACAAGGAACCCACAAUAGAUGAGACAUACAUUCUCACGUCUUCUGUCAAGCUGAACCUGAGAGAUAUAGUCCGAGUGGUCUCUGCUGGAACUUAUCCAGUGCUGAUUCAGGGAGAGACAUCAGUUGGUAAAACAAGCCUGAUCCGGUGGCUAGCCGCAGCUAGUGGUAACCACUGUGUGCGUAUUAACAAUCACGAACAUACGGACAUUCAAGAGUACAUUGGUUGUUACACAUCUGACUCCUCAGGGAAGCUUGUGUUUAAAGAAGGUGUUCUUAUUGAUGCUAUGAGAAAGGGCUACUGGAUUAUUUUAGAUGAAUUAAAUUUGGCCCCUACUGAUGUGUUAGAGGCACUAAACAGACUGUUGGAUGAUAACCGUGAAUUGCUGAUAACAGAAACACAGGAAGUUGUUAAAGCACACCCACGGUUCAUGCUUUUUGCUACCCAGAACCCUCCGGGACUUUAUGGAGGCAGAAAGGUGCUUUCUAGAGCCUUCAGGAAUCGGUUUGUGGAGUUGCACUUUGAUGAGCUGCCUAGUUCUGAGCUGGAAACAAUCCUGCACAAGCGGUGUAGUUUGCCACCUUCCUAUUGUAGCAAGUUGAUUAAGGUCAUGCUGGACCUACAGUCCUAUCGCAGAAGUUCUUCAGUGUUUGCUGGAAAGCAGGGCUUCAUCACCCUUCGUGAUCUGUUUCGAUGGGCUGAAAGAUACAGAUUGGCAGAACAGUCCCAGAAGGAGUAUGAUUGGCUACAGCAUUUAGCCAAUGAUGGUUAUAUGCUUCUGGCAGGCCGAGUCAGGAAGCAGGAGGAGGUUGAUGUAAUUCAAGAAGUCCUUGAAAAACAUUUCAAGAAAAAAUUGUGUCCUCAGUCCCUCUUCUCCAAAGAAAAUGUCCUAAAAUUGCUAAGUAAAUUGUCUACUCACAUAUCCACAUUGGAGUCCAAGUUCAGCCAUGUUGUGUGGACUGAGAGCAUGCGGAGACUGGCUCUUCUGGUGGGAAGGGCGUUGGAAUUCGGUGAACCAGUGCUGCUGGUUGGAGACACUGGGUGUGGGAAAACUACUGUCUGUCAGGUGUUUGCAGCCUUGGCAAAUCAGAAAUUAUACUCAGUCAACUGCCACUUACACAUGGAGACAUCAGACUUCCUGGGGGGGCUGCGGCCAGUGAGACAGAAGCCCAAGGACAAGGAAGAAGUUGACACAUCAAGACUCUUUGAGUGGCAUGAUGGGCCUCUGGUUCUGGCCAUGAAGGAGGACGGCUUUUUCCUCUUGGAUGAAAUCUCACUGGCUGAUGACUCUGUCCUAGAAAGACUCAACAGUGUCCUUGAAGUAGAAAAGUCUCUGCUAUUAGCAGAAAAAGGCAGCCUAGAGGACAAGGAUAAUGAGGUAGAGCUGUUGACUGCUGGGAAAAAAUUCCGUAUCUUAGCAACCAUGAACCCAGGGGGCGACUUUGGAAAAAAAGAGCUGUCUCCUGCCUUGAGGAACCGGUUUACGGAAAUAUGGUGCCCUCAAAGCACAAGCCGUGAAGAUUUAAAACAGAUUAUCAGCAGUAAUCUUCGUCCAGGAUUGUCUCUGGGCAGAAUAGAUUAUAAAGGGGCUGACAUAGCUGAGGUGAUACUGGAUUUCAUUGACUGGCUGACCCACCAGGAAUUUGGCCGAAGGUGUGUGGUCAGUAUCAGAGAUAUCCUGUCCUGGGUUAACUUCAUGAACACUAUGGGGAAGGAAGCUGCUUUGAAAAGGCCAGAGACCAUCUCCACUGUGACAUCUUUUGUCCAUGCUGCAUGCCUGGUGUACAUAGAUGGAAUAGGUUCAGGGGUCACUUCCUCUGGAUUUGGUACGGCCCUCUUGGCUCGCAAAGAAUGUCUAAAAUUCCUGAUCAAGAGACUUUCCAAGAUAGUCCGACUUACAGAAUGUCAGAAAAAUGAAUUGAAAAUUUAUGACAGACUCAAGGCCAAAGAAUUCACUGGGAUAGAUAAUCUUUGGGGAAUUCAUCCAUUUUUUAUACCAAGAGGACCUGUCCUGCACAGGAAUAAUAUUGCCGACUAUGCACUCAGCGCUGGCACCACAGCUAUGAAUGCCCAGAGGCUCUUACGAGCUACGAAACUGAACAAACCCAUUCUCCUGGAGGGCUCCCCUGGUGUGGGCAAGACAAGUUUGGUGGGUGCGUUAGCAAAGGCUUCCGGCAACACCCUUGUUCGCAUCAACUUGUCAGAGCAGACGGACAUCACAGACCUGUUUGGAGCAGAUCUACCUGUGGAAGGUGGCAAAGGAGGAGAGUUUGCCUGGCGUGAUGGCCCCUUGCUGGCUGCUUUGAAGGCUGGCCAUUGGGUUGUGCUGGAUGAGCUCAACCUGGCUUCUCAGUCUGUACUGGAAGGACUCAAUGCUUGUUUUGACCACCGAGGAGAAAUCUAUGUUCCUGAAUUAGGAAUGAGCUUUCAAGUACAGCAUGAAAAGACGAAGAUUUUUGGGUGUCAAAAUCCUUUUAGACAAGGUGGCGGGAGGAAGGGCUUGCCCAGGUCUUUCCUUAACAGAUUCACUCAGGUCUUUGUGGAUCCCCUUACGGUGAUUGAUAUGGAGUUCAUCGCCAGUACUCUAUUUCCAGCCAUUGACAAAAACAUUCUUAAGAAAAUGGUUGCUUUCAACAACCAGAUGGAUCAUGAAGUGACUGUUGAGAAGAAAUGGGGGCAAAAAGGAGGACCCUGGGAAUUUAACCUCCGGGACCUUUUCCGCUGGUGUCAGUUGAUGCUGGUUGACCAGUCCCCUGGAUGUUAUGAUCCUGGUCAGCAUGUGUUUUUGGUCUAUGGUGAAAGAAUGAGAACCAGGGAAGACAAAGAAAAGGUCUUUGCUGUAUUUAAGGAUGUGUUUAGUUCAAAUUCCAACCCAUACACGGGAACCAGACUAUUGCACAUCACGCCCUAUGAUGUCCAGCUGGGCUACUCAGUCCUUUCCCGUGGCAACUAUGUUCCUGCCCCAUCCCGCCGUCCCCUGUCACUCCUGCACCAGUCGUUACAGCCUCUGGAGUCAGUUAUGAAGUGUGUGCAGAUGAGUUGGAUGGUCAUCCUUGUGGGUCCAGCCUCUGUGGGAAAGACCAGCCUGGUCCAACUCCUGGCGCAGCUUACUGGCCACACACUAAAGAUCAUGGCUAUGAACAGUGCAAUGGAUACCACGGAGCUCCUGGGUGGAUUUGAGCAGGUUGACCUUAUGCGUCCUUGGUGGAAGCUUCUAGAGAAGGUGGAGAGCACUGUACAGGCACUGUUAAGAGACAGCCUCCUUAUCAGUGCUGACGAUGCAGCAGUGGUGCUGCGAGCCUGGAGUCAUUUCCUGCUGACGUAUACACCCAAGGGCCUUGGAGAAGCGGGUAAAGGUGUCACGGCAGAGAUUGUCAGUAAGCUGGAAGCAGUAUUACUGCUUUUGCAGCGACUGAACAAUAAAAUCAACUCAUACUCCAAGGCAGAGUUUGCCAAAUUGGUGGAAGAGUUCCAAAGCUUUGGGUUGAAGCUUAUGCAGUCAUCCAGUGGCCGCAGCCAUGGCACAUUUGAAUGGGUUGACAGCAUGUUGGUUCAGGCCCUGAAGUCUGGAGAUUGGCUUUUGAUGGACAAUGUCAACUUUUGCAACCCCUCAGUGCUGGAUCGUUUGAAUGCUUUGCUUGAACCUGGAGGCGUCCUCACUGUUAGUGAGAGAGGAAUGAUAGAUGGAUCCACACCCACCAUAACACCACAUCCCAAUUUCAGACUUUUUCUCUCAAUGGAUCCUGUUCAUGGAGAAAUAUCCCGAGCUAUGAGGAACCGUGGACUUGAAAUCUAUAUCUCAGGAGAAGGGGAUAGAAGCAUCCCAGAUGAGCUGGAUCUGAAAGUUCUGCUCCACAGCCUUGGGUUGGUGGGGGACAGUGUAUGUGACACUCUCUUGACUCUACAUAGAGAGACCCAAAGCACUGUUGUAGGUUCUCCAGCAUCAUCUGUUUCAACUCUAAUUCAGACAGCCUCACUCAUUGUGCAGUACCUACAGCGAGGGCUGGGUUUAGACAGAGCCUUUUCUGAAGCAUGCUGCGAAGCAUAUGUCCGCUCCCAGCAUUCACCAGCAAACCAGAAGCUUGUUCAGGCUUUACUGGAGAAACAUGUUUCUUCUCUGCGAGCACAUGAAACCUGGGGUAAUGCCAUUCUUGCCAUGGGGCUGUGGCCAGAUUCUCUCCCCUCAGCUCUUUUUGCUACUGAAGAUUCUCACCUCUCUGUAGUACGAAGUGAUGGGCAGAUCUUAGCGUAUUGCCUCAACAGGAUGAGCAUGAAAACCAGCAGCUGGGCAAGGAUUCAGCCUCUUACCUUGCCAGACCUAGAGAAAAUUAUGCAGUCCUCCAGCCCUGAGAGCUUAAAAUUCAGUUCAGUUGAAGUGGAUACUUUGUGGAUUGAUGAACCAGAUGUUCUGGCCAUGGCUGUUAAAUUGCUCAUAGAAAGAGCAACCAAUCAAGAUUGGAUGCUCAGAGUUAAAUGGCUUUAUCAUUUAGCCAAGAAUAUACCACAGGGGCUUGAGUCAAUACAAAUUCAUUUAGAAGCCAGUGCUGAAUCUCUUAGGAAAUUUUACUCAAAUUCUCUCUCAGCUGGGGUCAGUAAUGUCAUCAAAAUAUUACAACCAAAUAUAACAGAUGAGUUUGUGAUCCCUUUGGACCCUCGAUGGAAUAUGCAGGCUUUGGACAUCAUUAGAAAUUCAAUGGACUUUGACCCACAAACGGACCAGUCUGAGCAACUCUUUUCCCUUUUAGAGUCUAUUGCAAACAAGACAAUCAUAUAUCUUGACCGUGACAAACGAUUUUUUACUGAAGAAAAAAUGAUUUUUUCUGUUGGUGGCAAAAAGUUAAGAAAUAGUGUUUUGAGAAUGUCCUUUGAAUUCCAUAAAGAUCCAGAGAGCUAUCAUAGCCUGCCCCAUGAAAUUGUGGUCAAUCUUGCUGCUUUUUUUGAACUUUGUGAUGCAUUAAUCCUGCUGUGGGUACAGUCUUCCCAGGAAAUGGUGUCUGAUGCCAGUGUCAAUGAGAUCUUGGAUUCUCUGCAGUGGCGGGACCGGUUUUGGACUGUGGCUGACACAGUAAAACUGGAUGCCCCAGGCCUGGCCCUGCUUGCCCUUCACUGGCACUGGGUUUUAAAACAUUUGGUCCGUCAGAUCCCUCGACUCCUAAUGAACCAUGAAGACAAAUACUACAAAGAGGUUCAGACCGUCUCAGAACAUGUUCAGAAUUGCUUGGGGAGCCCGACCGGUGGCUUCACUGGGAUAAAGAAGUUGCAGAAGUUCCUGGGACGACCAUUUCCUUUUAAGGACAAGCUGGUGGUGGAGUGUUUUUCACAACUGAAAAUCCUUAACAAAGCCCUAGCCAUCAGAGAGCAGAUGCCUACCCUUCAGGAGAGUGGAUGGCAGGAAGACAUUAGACGACUCCAAAUGGUCGCUUCUGAAUGGUCAUUAAAGAAAAGCCUCCUUCAGGCCGGGGGGUUAGUCCUCAGAGCUAAUAUUCUGGAAGAUGUCAAGACAGAUGAAUUGAAGAAUCUUGUGAAUGCUCAGUGUUUAAAAUUAAAAGCCAAAGGAAUUUCACUUGGUUUUCUGGAGCAAAAGUCCAAUGAAGCUUCCUCCCUGUCCCAGCCAGACUUCACCUCCUUAAUCCAACUCACCAGGAGUGUUCAGUUAUGGCCUGCAAUGGAGUACCUGGCUGUGCUUUGGCAAUACAAAGUGACAGCUGAUUUUAUGACGCUGGCUUGUCUGAGAAGGUCCAGCAAAAAUUGGCAACUCCAGAUAGAAGAGGAAAUAAGCCAUCACAUCACAUUUUGUCUUAAGCAUACACCAGUUGCUCCUCAGGAAUUUCAAGGCCUUUGGUCUUUGCUGCACCAUCAGAAGGUGUCUACUGAAGAAAUGAUCUCUUUGUGGGCCGACUUCCUUAAUUCCACAUUUACGUCUUUCUGGAGCAGUACUGUGACCACAGAUCCAGAGUACUGGCUCACAUGGAGCUCCCUCCCUGGUGCGCAGCAGAGGGAGAGGCCCAAGUCCCUUUUGGACUCCACGUUGAAGGGCCCCGGAUGUCUCAGUCGAGCCAUGUUCUCCAAGUGCUGCUUUGAAGUCUUGACCAGCAGCUGCAAAGAAAGUCCCUGGGAUGUGAGCGGCCUCCCCAUCCUGUCCUCCUCCCAUGUCACCCUGGGAGAGUGGGUUGAGAGAGCCCAGCAGCUCCAGGACAUUCGUUCGGUGCUUUGGACCAACAUGGCUGUCCCUUCAGUAGCAGAGUUCAGACGCACGGAUUCCCAGCUCCAGGGGCUGGUGCUGUGCCGGCACCUGGCAGGCCUGGCAGAGCUGCUCCCUGAGACCCGACGGCGAGAGUACAUACAGAACUGUGAGCAGCUGCUAUGUGGGGACAGCCAGGCCUUCCAGCACGUGGGCCAGACUCUUGGGGACAUGGCUGGACAGGUGGCGCUGCCCAAAGAGCUGCUGUGCCUUUUGCUCACCUCCCUGCGCCACUUGUUUGGGGAAGGGGAGGGUAAGCAGGACCUGCCUGAGCCGGCUAGGCGCGGGAGCCUGUGGGUGAGCCUUGGCCUGCUCCAGAUUCAGACGUGGCUUCCCCAAGCACGCUUUGACCCUGCAGUGAAGAGGGAGUACAAGCUCAAGUAUGCCAAGGAAGAGUUACACCAGCUGCAGUGCGAGUGGAAGACCCGAAACCUCCUGUCCCAGCUACAGACUGGAAGAGACUUGGAAGAUGAGGUCAUUAUCAGUUACUCUCAUCCUCACAUCAGGUUGCUUCACCAAAGAAUCGAUCACCUGGAGAAUUUAAUCCUCAGCCUGUCCAAGAAGCAGGCCUUCAGACCCCAGCAGCCUGUGUAUGAGUCGCUGGCACAGGAGAUUCACCACUACGUCACCAGCAUUGCCAAGGCCCCUGCCGUUCAGGAUCUGCUUGCGCGGCUCCUGCAGGCCCUCCGCGCAGAUAGGCCUCGGUCUGCCCAGGCGGCCCAGAACCUUCUGAAGGAGGAGGCCUCCUGGCAGCAGUCGCACCACCAGUUCAGGAAACGGCUGGCCGAGGAGUACACCCUGUACCCAGACUCUGUGGCCCCGCUGCAGGCAUCCAUCUUGCAGCUGCAGCAUGGAAUGAGGCUGGUGGCGUCCGAGGUCCACGCCUCACUCCAUAGCAGCGUGGUCUGUGCAGACAGGCUGGACGCCCUGGCCACAUCCCUGUUGGCUUUCCCAUCAGUGAACCCUACCUUCCCCACCUACUAUGCUCAUGCAGAUGCUUUGUGCUCAGUGAAGUCAGAAGAGGUGGUGCGAGGCCUUGGGAAGUUGAUCCUUAAGCGCUCAGGAGGAAAGGAACUGGAAGGCAAGGGCGUCAGACCCUGCCCCACCCGAGAGCAGCUGCUUGUGAAUGCCCUCCUGUACCUGCGCUCCCAUGUUCUGUGCAAGGGAGAGCUGGACCAGAGGGCCCUGCAGCUCUUCAGACAUGUGUGCCAGGAAAUCAUCAAUGAGUGGGAUGAACAGGAACGCAUAGCCCAAGAGAAGGCCAAGCAGGAGAGCAGCCUGUACAGAUACAGGAGCAGGAACUCCAGGACAGCCCUGAGCGAGGAGGAGGAGGAAGAGCGGGAGUUCAGAAAGCAGUUCCCACUGCACGAAAAGGACUUUGCGGAUAUUUUGGUAGAACCUACACUAGAGGAGAAGAAGGGAGCUUCCGACGGGCAUGAAGAAGCAGCGCCCACUGACCCUGCCCUCCUCUCCCCGAGCUCCAUGCAGGCUGUGAUGCUGGUUCACCAGCAGCUGUGUCUCAGCUUUGCCCGGUCCCUGUGGUAUCAACAGACUCUGCCGCCACACGAGGCAAAGCAUUACUUCAGCCUCUUUCUAUCCUGCUAUCAGACGGGGGCAUCUCUUGUGACACACUUCUACCCCCUGAUGGGAGUCGAGCUGAAUGACCAACUCUUGGGCAGCCAACUUUUGGCCUGCACCCUCUCCCACAACACUCUGUUUGGGGAGGCGACCUCAGACCUGAUAGUGAAGCCUGAUGGGCCCUAUGACUUCUAUCAGCACCCCAAUGUCCCAGAAGCACGGCAUUGUCAACCUGUGCUUCAGAGUUUCUCAGAGGCUAUCAGUCAGCUGCUGCAGGAUUGGCCAGAACACCCAGCACUCGAGCAGUUGCUGGUGGUAAUCGGCAGAAUCCGUAGUUUCCCACUUUCCAGCCCCAUCUCAAAGUUCCUGAAUGGCUUGGAGAUCCUUCUGGCAAAGGCUCAGGACUGGGAGGAGAAUGCAAGCCGAGCUCUGUCUCUGCGGAAACACCUCGAUUUGGUCAGUCAGAUGAUCAUUCGUUGGCGUAAACUGGAACUGAACUGCUGGUGUAUGAGUUUGGAUAAUACCAUGAAGCGCCACACUGAGAAAUCCACCAAGCACUGGUUCUCCAUCUAUCAGAUGCUUGAGAAGCACAUGCAGGAACAGACAGAAGAGCAAGAAGAUGACAAACAGAUGACCCUGGUGUUGCUGGUCAACACAUUGAAAGCGUUUAUUGAAGGAUCCUCACUGGGAGAAUUCCAUGUACGACUCCAGAUGUUACUGGUUUUCCAUUGUCAUGUCUUACUGAUGCCACAAGUUGAAGGAAAGGAUUCACUUUGCAGUGUGCUAUGGAAUUUGUACCAUUAUUACAAGCAGUUCUUUGACCGGGUCCAGGCCAAAAUUGUGGAACUUCGUUCCCCCCUAGAAAAAGAACUUAAAGAAUUUGUUAAGAUAUCCAAGUGGAAUGAUGUCAGCUUCUGGUCCAUUAAACAAUCUGUGGAAAAGACACACAGGACCCUCUUUAAAUUCAUGAAGAAAUUUGAAGCUGUCCUGAGUGAACCCUGCCUGUCAUCCCUAGUGGAGAGUGACGAGGAACAGCCUGACUUUUUGCUGCAGCCAACAGAAGCAGCCACAAGUGAGGUUUCCCCCAUUCAAAGUCUGAACAGGGCGCUGAGGGAGACCCUGCUAGCCCGGCCGGCUGCUGCGCAGGCCACAAUUCCAGAACAGUGUCACAGCGCUCCUUUCCCCUCGGAGGGGGAGCUUCUGUAUCGCUUGCCGAAGCUCAUGAAGCGAAUGAGGAGGGUGUGCCUGGCGCUCAUGAAGGAAAGUCGCCUCCCUCACCUGGUGGAGGGCCUUGAUCAGUUCACCGGUGAAGUAAUUUCCUCUGUGAGCGAGCUGCAGAGCUUAAAGGUGGAGCCUUCUGCAGAGAAGGAGAAGCAGCAGUCAGAAGCCAAGCACAUUCUCAUGCGGAAGCAGCGAGCCUUAGCAGACCUCUUUAAAUACCUUGCAAAAACUGGUUUGUCGUAUCGCAAAGGUCUUGCCUGGGCCCGUUCAAAAAACCAUCAGGAGAUGCUUCAUCUUCGCCCGUUAGAUCUCCGGAGCGCGUUGUCUAUAGUCAGCAGCACUCAGGAGGCUGAUUCUAGGCUGCUUACAGAAAUUUCAUCUUCGUGGGAUGGGUGCCAGAAGUAUUUUUACUGCUGUGUUGCACGACACGCCAGACUUACUGCAGCCCUAGCAGCUCCUGCCAAGGAGAUGGGCGUGGGCAACAUUGAACGGUGUAAAGGGUUCUCGGCACAUUUGAUGAAGAUGCUUAUCCGACAGCGGCGCUCCCUGACCACACUGACUGAGCAAUGGAUCCUCCUCAGGAACCUCCUCAGCUGUGUGCAGGAGAUUCACGGCAGGCUAUUGGAGCCACUGCUCUACCCCGUGGCUUUCCCCCCUCAGGAGGGGGUGCAGCAGUGGACAGAGAGGCUGCAGCACCUGGCCAUGCAGAGCCAGAUCCUACUGGAGCAGCUCUCCUGGUUCCUCCAGUGCUGCCCCAGUGCAGGGACAGCUCCAGGCCACAGUGAUGCCCAGGUGCAGGGUCAGCCUUCUGUCCCCUACCCGAAAGGACCAGAGCUCAGCAACGGACAGCUUUUCGGAGCAGUGCCAGAUCUCAUCCCAUCAAAUCUGAGCUACCCGUCUCCAGUACCUGGAAGUCAGCUGCCCUCUGGUUGCCGGAUGCGGAAACAGGACCCGCUUUGGCAACAGUCAACUUCGAGAUUAACAGAGAUGCUGAAAACCAUUAGAACAGUGAAAGCUGAUGUGGACAGGAUUAGGCAGCAGUCUUGUGAAACUCUCUUUCAUUCUUGGAAAGAUUUUGAAGUUUGCUCUUCGGGGCUGAGUUGUCUGUCCCAGCUCUCAGCUCAUUUGCAAGGCCUAGAGUCCUUGUUCAUUCUUCCAGGGAUGGAGGUUGAGCAAACAGACCAACAAAUGGCAUUAGUUGAGAGCCUGGAAUAUGUCAGAGGAGAAAUUAAUAAAGCCACAGAUGACUUUGCUACCUGGAAAACACACCUACUCACUUCAGGCAGCCAAGGAGGAAACCAAAUGUUGGAUGAAGGGUUUGUGGAAGAUUUUGCAGAGCAAAUGGAAACUGCCAUCCGGGCCGUCCUUUUUGCCAUCCAGAACUUAGCAGAAAGAAACAGUAAAAAGACAGAGGAGAACCCUGACCAGACCAGGCCACAGGAAGAUGAUGACGCAGCAGCAGGCUUUGAGAGACUGCAAUCAGGACAUCUAACAAAACUCUUAGAGGAAGACUUCUGGGCCGAUGUGAGCACUUUGCAUGUGCAGAAAAUAAUUUCUGCUGUCUCUGAGCUGUUGGAGAGGCUGAAAUCGUACGGUGAGGACAGCACAGCUGCGAAGCACAUGGAAACCCGUUGGUACCCACUCAGCAAUGUGAGCAGGCCUUCUGAUGUGCUUUGCCCCCAGUUCUUCAGCCAGUCCUGCUGCCUGUUGGUGCGCCUGGUGCCCAUGCUUUCCAGGUACUCGGACCUCGUCCUCUUCUUCCUGACCAUGUCUUUGGCAACUCACCGUAGCUCUGCGAAGCUGCUCUCUGUGCUUACCCAGCUCUUCACGGAGCUCGCCCAGAAGGGAUUUUGCCUACCCAAAGAAUUCAUGGAAGAUUCUGCAGGAGAGGGAGCGACUGAGUUCCAUGACUAUGAAGGAGGUGGGAUUGGAGAAGGCGAGGGCAUGAAGGAUGUGAGUGACCAGAUAGAAAAUGAAGAACAGGCAGAAGAUACAUUUCAGAAGGGUCAAGAAAAGGAUACAGAGGAUCCUGACUCAAAACCAGACAUUAAGGGAGAGGAGAAUGCUAUUGAGAUGUCAGAAGACUUUGACGGGAAAAUGCAUGAUGGGGAGCUUGAAGAACAAGAAGAGGAUGAUGAGAAAUCAGAUAGUGAGAGCGCAGACCUGGACAAACAGAUGGGCGAUCUGAACGGUGAGGAAGCUGACAAACUAGAUGAGAGGCUAUGGGGUGAUGACGAGGAGGAAGAUGAGGAGGAAGAAGACAGUGCAACUGAAGAAACCGGAUCAGGAAUGGAUGAGGAAGACUGUGGACUUGUUGCUAAAGAGGACAACUUGGAUUCUGGGAAGUCAAACAAAGAUAAAAACCAGCAAGAUAAAAAGGAAGAAAAGGAAGAAGCAGAAGCUAAUGACGAUGGACAAGGCCAAGACAAAAUUAAUGAACAAAUAGAUGAGAGGGAAUAUGAUGAGAAUGAGGUAGACCCUUACCAUGGCAAUCAGGAAAUGCUGCCAGAACCCGAGGCCUUGGACCUUCCAGAUGAUUUGAACCUGGACAGUGAAGACAAGAAUGGUGAUGAAGACACAGACCACGAAGAAGGAGAAGAAGAGAAUCCUUUGGACAUUAAAGAAAAACCCCUGGACACUGAAGAAGCAGACCAUGAAGCUGAGGACAUAAGCGAAGAGACCGAGUCUGAUCAGAAUGAAAGUCAGGGUCAACAUGAGCCUGAGGAAGGCGCCAAUGAAGCCGACAAGGAGGAGGGGGAGGAAGAGAUGGACACAGGAGCUGGUGACCAAAACGAAGAAACAGGUGAACAUCCUGAAGACAGUUCAGAGGACGAGGAGCAGCCAUCUCUGGAGGACAAGGAUAGGGAUGCGGAAGCCAGUGACGAAAGUGCAGACAGCGGCGUCUCUGUCGACCAAGGUCUCCAGCCUCAGAAGGAGGAAAAAGAAGAAGAAGAAGAAGAAGAAGAAGAAGAAGAAGGGGAGAAGUCGGAUACAGAAGAGCAGGUGCCAGAGGCUACGGAGAGGAAAGAGCAUGAUUCCUGUGGGCAGACGGGGCUGGAGAAUGUGCAGAGCUCGCAGGCUGUGGAGCUGGCCGGGGCCGCACCCGAGAAGGAGCAGGGGAAGGAGGAGCACGGGAGUGGAGCUGCAGAUGCAAACCAGGCAGAAGGCCAUGAAUCUAACUUCAUCGCCCGGCUGGCCUCCCAGAAACAGACCAGGAAAAACACACAGAGUUUUAAAAGGAAGCCUGGACAGGCCGACAAUGAGCGUUCCAUGGGUGAUCACAACGAGCGUGUACAUAAAAGGCUGAGGACGGUGGAUACGGACAGCCCCGCUGAGCAGGGGUCCCCCCAGCCCCAGGCCCAGCUGGAGGACGCAGAUGCAUUUGAGCACAUUAAACAAGGGAGUGAGCCUUACGAUGCACAGACCUACGAUGUAGCCAGCAUGGAGCAGCAACAAUCUGCAAAAGACUCCAGCAAGGAGCAGGAGCAGGAGGAGAUGGAGGAUGCUUUCAUGGACAUGGAGGAGCAGGAAGAGCUCAAAGCAGUCGACACGGAGCAACUGAAGCCAGAGGAGGUCAAGUCCAGGGCCACAGCAAGCUCCGGUUUUGAUGAGAUGGAGAUCCAAACUGUUAAAACAGAGGAGGACCAAGACCCCAGGAGAGACAAAUCCCACAAGGAGACAGAGAAUGAGAAACCAGAGAGAAGCCGAGAUUCCACCAUUCAUACAGCCCAUCAAUUCCUUGUGGACACGAUUUUCCAGCCCUUUUUAAAAGAUGUCUGUGAGCUAAGACAGGAGCUGGAGAGACAGCUGGAAACGUGGCAGCCACACGAAUCUGGAAGUCCAGAAGAAGAGAAGGCUGCAGCAGAGAUGUGGCAGAGUUACCUGGUCUUAACUGCGCCGCUUUCACAACAGUUGUGUGAACAGCUCCGUCUCAUAUUAGAGCCUACCCAGGCAGCCAAGCUGAAAGGAGACUAUCGAACUGGGAAGCGACUGAACAUGCGGAAGGUCAUUCCAUACAUUGCUAGUCAGUUUCGAAAAGACAAGAUUUGGCUUCGAAGGACCAAGCCCAGUAAACGCCAGUAUCAGAUUUGUUUGGCUAUUGAUGACUCUUCCAGCAUGGUAGACAACCACACCAAACAGCUCGCAUAUGAAUCUUUGGCUGUGAUUGGUAAUGCUCUAACCCUUCUAGAAGUGGGUCAGAUUGCAGUCUGCAGUUUUGGAGAAUCCGUGAAGCUGUUACACCCAUUUCAUGAACAGUUCAGUGAUUACUCAGGGUCCCAGAUUCUGCGGCUCUGCAAAUUCCAACAGAAGAAAACCAGAAUUGCUCAGUUUCUAGAGUCUGUAGCCAACAUGUUUGCAGCUGCUCAGCAGUUCUCCCAAAACGUCAGUCCAGACACAGCGCAACUCCUCCUAGUGGUCUCUGAUGGACGCGGCCUUUUCCUCGAGGGUAAAGACAGAGUCCUGGCAGCAGUUCAGGCCGCCCAGAAUGCUAACAUCUUUGUCAUUUUUGUUGUGUUGGAUAAUCCCAGUUCACGGGAUUCUAUCUUGGACAUUAAAGUACCAAUAUUUAAAGGACCUGGAGAGAUGCCUGAAAUCCGAUCCUACAUGGAAGAGUUCCCAUUCCCUUUCUAUAUAAUUCUUCGUGAUAUGAAUGCGCUCCCUGAGACGCUCAGCGAUGCUCUCAGGCAGUGGUUUGAGCUGGUGACAGCCUCGGACCACCUGUAGACCAGAAACAACAGAGUCCAAAGUUGAGAGUUUAAACUACCAUCAAGAUGUCACACUUCUUGCCCAGGUGUUCCGUUCUGGACAACUAUUUCUGAGCUCGCAGCUCUAAAUUUUCUUAGACCUGAUUUAUAAAAAUUUACCCAACAGCUACAAAACAUUUUACUGCUAUGUACAUUUUAUUUUACUUGAUUUCAGAGCACAGAGAAAGCUCUCGGAUUUCUUGCUUUGCCUAGGCUACCGUUCUUGUAACAAACCUGGGGCAGAGCUGCUUGGAAGCCCUGGCCUGAGAGUAGGCCAACCCCACCCGUGGGGCCCAGCUGCCUGCUUUCCCUCGCAGGGACCCUGGACAUCUGCCUUGAGGAAACGCUGUCAGGAGCACGGGACUGUGCCAGUCCUUUCAGUAAAGGCCUGAAGGAAGAGGCCCUUUUGAUCCCUCUCUAAGGUUCGCCCUUGCCAAGCCCACAGUGUGGACCCAAAAACUGUCAAGUGGCUGAGACAGCUGCAGUUUUCAGAAUCUGACUAUGUGUUUUCUUACCGUGCUUCAUGUGAAAGGAACUACCUUCUCAAGGGUAGGAAGCUUGUUGUAUGUGUGCUCAUAAAGCAACCAGACAGCACAGGAACUCAAACAGAAACAUAAUCCUUAGGCUGUGUAAGAAUGAACUGGCUUUUCAGUGUCCCUCACAUUUGCUGCUUCCGGAGACUAUGCAAUGAUGGAAAGAGGACUUUUCCUUUGUUUAUUUCAUUUUCUCAGUGCCAUAGUACCUGUUGUUGUAGUAAUUUAUUUUUUUAGUUCAUUUUUUUUUUUAACAGUUAAGGGGAAGGAUCAUUCUUCGCACUGCUUCCAAGAUGGUCUGAGCCACUCUCAUUCUGGAGAAAGACAUGCUCUAUCCAGAAGUACUAAGCAACUAAUAUCUUUUUCCCCCCCUCAAAAUACAUCAGUGGUUUUGAGGCAGAUUGGACUUGGCCAGAAAGCAGUAUUUGAAUACUUGAAACUGUAUGCUGUGUUCUAUUUAAGUUCCGACUGUCAGAAUGUUCUUUUGUAGAGAACAUGCCAUGAUGUAAUUUCUAUCUCCACAUCUGUUAUCAAGUUACACUGUGAAGUUUGCCACUCUUUUGAGGUGGUCAUCAAAGACACAGAUUGCUUGUUAUUUAACCAAGCGUCCGAAAGCAUGUACCUGAUCUUAUAUCAUCAUUAUUUUUUAUUCUAAAAAAGCUAUGCAGCUUAUAUUCUGAAAACUAUUAAAAAAUAUACCACCA